UGUAAGAAGUAGAACGGCAGACCGGAGCCGCUGUUAAAGCAAGACGUAAGCACCGGGUGAGCUUGGGUUGAAUCCAAGCAUUCAUUCUACCAGAUCGUUUCUAGGCUUUCACUCGGACCUUGAGAAGGUGAAUCCAGAGGGAAGAGAGAAGACCGUUACAGAAGGAGGCCGGUUUGCGUGUUAGUCUGCUACCUGUUGGGAACCAUUGGAGGACAUUUGGCGGACAUCUUGUUUUGGGAAGGUCAUAACCACAAACCAUCCAGGAGAAUGUUGCUAUUGGGAUGACCUUUGUGACCUCACCAUUGCCCGCCCCCGUAAAGAUCAACCACCAAUCAGGAACCCUGAGGGAUGUGGUUGGCUGGUUCCAGUGAUGGACAGGUGACCAGCCAGCCAUCUAGCUGCCCUCUCCUGCUCUGAUUCCCCCUCUUCUUCCCCCCUCCCUCUCUGGCGUGCAGUGCCCCCCCCCCCCCCCCCCAGGACGGAGACCCCCCACAUCUCUGCCAUGGUGACAUAAUCAGCAACACAGCAUGUGGGAGAACCAAUAUGGUGAAACCAUCUCAUUUCUAUCCCCAGUAGCUGCUCAAGCUGCUGCUGCUGCUGUUACUUCUAUAGCCUGUGGAUUACUAACCAGAAGACUGGAAAAAACAACACUGACUUUGGACAGAUUUAUUUCUGCUAAGCCUACCCUAGGCUAGCCUACACUAUCCUGUCCUACCCUACCCUACCCUACCAACAAGCCCGUUUCGGUCAGUAGUUCAGUCAGGUCAGGUGUUGUGCGUGACGAUGCUGGGAUGUGUGUCCCGCCUGCGUCGGCUGGUCCGUCUUGUCCGCCACCUCCCUCUCCAGACCUCCCUGCUCCUCCUCUUCCUCUUCUGCACCGUCAGCGUCUUCGUCUCCGCGUACUUCCUGUACGGCGCGAAACAGGAGCUCGAGCACUCAGGAGGGGGCGUGGCUGGUGGCGAGGUGGCGUCGGCCGUCUACGAUGACCUCCGGGUGAGCCCGUCGCGCCUGCUCCCAGUGCGGGCGGUGUCUGGGGGACCCGGGGGCGAAGGAGGGGUGAGGACAGACCCUGUGGUGCUGGUGUUUGUAGAGAGCCAGUACUCUCAGCUGGGCCAGGAUAUCGUGGCCAUCCUGGAGUCGGGACGUUUCCGGUACCGGACGGAGAUCUCUCCCGGUAAAGGGGACAUGCCCACGUUAACUGAUAAGGAGCACGGACGCUUCACGCUGGUCAUCUAUGAGAACAUCCUGAAGUACGUCAACCUGGACGCCUGGAACAGAGAGCUGCUGGACAAGUACUGUGUGGAAUACGGAGUGGGCAUUAUCGGCUUCUUUAAGGCCAAUGAGAACAGCCUGCUGAGCGCCCAGCUCAAAGGCUUCCCCCUCUUCCUCCACUCCAACCUGGGCCUGAAAGACUGCACGGUCAACUCCAAGUCCCCCCUCCUCUUCAUCACGCGCUCCGGCCAACCCCUCCCCGGCCCCCUCCCCGGUGAUGACUGGACCGUCUUCCAGUCCAACCACUCCACCUACGAGCCCGUCCUCCUGGCCAAGACCCAGUCCGCAGAGAGUGUCCCCUCGCUGGGUACGACGGCCGCACUGCUUCCCUCCGUGGUGCAGGACCUGGGGCUCCAUGAUGGGAUCCAGAGGGUUCUGUUUGGGAACAACCUCAACUUCUGGCUACACAAGCUGGUGUUUGUGGACGCGGUGGGCUUCCUGACGGGAAAGAGGCUCUCUCUCUCCCUGGAGCGACACCUACUGGUCGAUAUAGAUGACAUCUUUGUUGGGAAGGAGGGCACGAGGAUGAAGGUGGAUGAUGUUAAGGCCCUGUUGGAGACCCAGAGAGAGCUGCGUGACCAUGUACCCAACUUCACCUUCAACCUGGGCUAUUCAGGGAAGUUCUUCCAUGCAGGGUCAGAUGAGGAGGACCUGGGGGAUGACCUGCUCCUCUCCUACGUCAAGGAGUUCUGGUGGUUCCCCCACAUGUGGAGCCACAUGCAGCCCCACCUCUUCCACAACCAGUCAGUGCUAGCUGAACAGAUGCUGCUCAACAAGAGGUUCGCUAUGGAGCACGGUAUCCCCACUAACAUGGGCUAUGCGGUGGCACCCCACCACUCUGGGGUGUACCCGGUCCACCUGCAGCUGUACGAUGCCUGGAAGAAGGUAUGGGGCAUCAGGGUGACCAGCACAGAGGAGUACCCCCACCUCAAACCUGCCCGCUUCAGACGGGGAUUCAUACACAGCGGUAUCAGCGUCUUGCCCAGGCAGACGUGUGGCCUGUUCACGCACACCAUCUUCUAUAAGGAGUACCCAGGCAGUCCCAACGAACUGGACAAACUCAUUAACGGAGGAGAGCUGUUCCUCACUGUUCUACUCAACCCUAUCAGUAUCUUCAUGACCCACCUGUCUAACUACGGUAACGACCGGCUGGGCCUGUACACCUUUAAGAGCCUGGUGGCCUUCCUGCAAACCUGGACCAACCUGCGGCUGCAGACCCUGCCUCCCAUCCAGCUGGCCCAGAGAUACUUCAGCCUCUUCCCUAACGAGAGAGACCCACUCUGGCAGGAUCCCUGCGAGGACAAAAGGCACAAGGACAUCUGGUCAAAGGAAAAGACAUGCGACCGUUUCCCCAAGCUGCUUGUCAUUGGGCCUCAGAAGACAGGUUCUACAGCCCUCUAUCUGUUUCUGGGCAUGCACCCUGACCUGACCAGUAACUACCCCAACAAGGAGACCUUUGAGGAGAUCCAGUUCUUCAACGGACACAACUACCACAGAGGCAUCGACUGGUACAUGGAGUACUUCCCCCUGCCCUCCAACACCAGCUCAGACUACUACUUUGAGAAAAGUGCCAACUAUUUUGACUCUGAGGUGGCAGCGGAGCGGGCGGCUGCUCUCUUGCCUAAAUCCAAGAUCAUCACCAUCCUCAUCAACCCAGCUGACCGCGCUUACUCCUGGUACCAGCACCAGCGCGCUCAUGACGACCCAGUGGCUCUGAAAUACUCCUUCCAUGAUGUCAUCGUGGCUACCCAUGAUGCCCCGGUGAGAUUGCGUGUGCUCCAGAACCGUUGCUUGGUGCCGGGCUGGUAUGCCAUCCACCUGGAGAGAUGGCUCAACCACUACCACUCCAGUCAGGUCCUGGUUCUGGACGGGCAGCAGCUGAAGACUGAGCCGGCCUCAGUCAUGGACAGGAUCCAGAGGUUUUUAGGCCUGGUCAACACAGUCAACUACCACAGGAUCCUAGCGUUUGACCCCAACAAAGGCUUCUGGUGUCAGCUGCUGGAGGGAGGGAAGACCAAGUGUCUGGGGAAGAGCAAGGGGCGGAGGUACCCUGACAUGAACCCAGAGUCCCAGUUGUUCCUCAGGGAGCACUACAGGGAUCAAAACAUAGCAUUAUCUAAACUGCUGUACAGGAUGGGCCAGCCCCUGCCCAGCUGGCUCCGAGAGGAACUGGUCCAUACCAGGUAGCAGGGGAAGGGGGACAGCUCAGCGGACUGUACCACAGCUUAACCACCCCCCAUAUGGAGGAGUAUGAUAUGAAUCCCCUGGAGGAUCCAUAGGGGGGUAAGAAAGGGGUGUGUUCUGAUGAAAGCCUCUCCUUCUGUAUGUGCUCUUCAUAAGAGGGAAGAACAGUGAGGAAGGGAGAGCAGGGAUGGUGACCUGUGGGCGGUGAGUCUACAAUGGCUCAUAACCUAGGCCCUAAGUGCACUCUUCUCUCUCCCUAAGUUGUACCUCCCCAUGAAACACCACCACCCUUACUUGGUACAUUCUACAAAGAGACUCCCCAUAAGACUGUGCCUCCUCUUACAGAGGUGGACCGGUGUGAAGGUACCGGUACAGAUAGGAUGGGAUGGAGAGGAGGGUGUGGUCAACCCUCAUCCCCUCUUUCUUUGACUAUCCCUUGCAUUCCUCACAUGGACUUGGACCUUACUCUUGAGAGGAACAGGAGGAUGAAGAGGAAGAGUGAGUCUUGGCUAGCCUGCACAGUACCAGUCAUUUAAGGCUGGGUGAGGUGAAAAAAGGGCAGAUAUUACACUAGAGCAGAGAUCAAUUAGUACUUGAAUGAAUGCCAUUAGUUGAAAAUGCCUGUGGUUUCUAUCUAAAAACCAUAGGGGGGUGGUAUGAUGUAUAUUGACUCAGGCUACAGGUGUGAUGUGGUCUUAUUCACUAGGCCUUUAGACACUAGACAUGAACACAUUUACCAGUGCCAUGACAGAAUCUUCACCACUACAUGGCCUAUUGACGGUUCUUAUUUUUUAAGAUUGUGAUUUGGAGACAUGUUAUUGUAAAAGGUGACCAGAAACACAUUUGGCUUGGUUUCUGUUUCAGAUGGGUUUGCAUACACAGCACAGGAAGUGUCAGGCAGACAGCACACAUUGAAAGCACAAUAUGCAAAGUAUUGGUACAUCUCAUAAAUAGACUUUACAGAUACACACAUAUUCUAAUUUAUCAGGUUGUCUGAAAGCACAGUCAUUUUAAUUUAACAGGUUGUCUGAAAGCUCAGUCAUAACACAGAUAUUACAGUAUGUGAAGUCGGUCCCACUUUAAACAAAGUACAACUUAUGAAGGCUUUAUAUAGUAUACAUAAAGGCUUCAUAGGCACUACAAAAAUGCUUCACAAAUCAUCUACAAUCAUAUUUCAUACUCUAAAUGGUGUAUAAAAGGUGACAACACUUCCCACUUUAGGAUGAAUUUUCAAAUGUGACAUAACACACUGUAUGCUUAUACACCAUUCAUAGUGUCAUACGCUAAUUUUGAAGCAUUUAUGUAGUGCUUAUGAAGCCUUUAUGUAUGCGCUUUCAUGCAUUUAUAAGUUGUACUUUAUUUAAAGUGGGACCGUGAAGUCUGACAUAAGCUAAGUUUAAAUGCACUCAAGUCCAUCAGUCAUCUGCAGUGUGAGGAUUCUUUUUUAUAAAUCCUUAUUUUGAAUGUUCUAUUUCAUUUGUUUUAGCAGUUGUUCAUAGUAUUUCUGAGUUGCAUCAGGGAGAAUCUAAAACAUGAACAUCUGACAUAGUCAGUAUGGCCCAAGUUAUAGUAGUAGUUGUAACUCAGACAUUAGUCACAUGGUACUACCACUGCAAGCAUACAUAACAAAAAGCUGCUCUUACCGCAAUACUUUUGUACAACGUUGUUCAGACGUAAUAACAACGCACAUGCUGUUCGUUUGUUUCUUUCCUGACUCUGUAAUCUAAUGUUAUAGACAUCAAUUAUUGAAUGUGAUUGAGGUGAAACUCUCAGCCCCCUCUCAUAAUGCAACGAAAGAGGUAUUCAGUGGGACAGAAUCAUCCAGGUAGUAUUGAAUUGUCACUACUAUGGAUCAUAAUAUAGUGCCAUCUGCUGAAGUCCCGACUGAUCUCUUUCAUCCUAUCUGUUCAUACGAACGUUCCUCCCCUCUUAUUCCUUCUCUCAACUACCCCCACACUGCCAAUUGUUGUACAGAGCUCCUUGAUUUCUUUAUUUAAAGUAUUAUUGACAUGAUAAUAACACAAUAACAGCAAUGAUGGUACUAAUCUCCCCGGACUGUACGAUAAAGACUUGUAAUUGUUGUCAAUAAUUUUUACAGUGUAACUAAUAUUGUCAGUGCUUUUUAAUUAGCAAAUAAAACCACUUGAUUUUUA